CACAGCAGUCUGCUACGAACAUGUCCAGCACCCGCCCAAAGAGAAGGCCAGCGCCCAGCGCAAAGGCCCUGGAUCUGGCGCGCGACGAGGUUACCAGGAGGGAGGUGGCACGGGCAGCCGGUCGGGUGGGCUUUGCGGCUCUAGGCCAGCAGCACGCCCGAGACCUCGAGGCAGGGGGAGGAGAGGAGCAAGCGGCCGGGCGAGGCGACGAUGAUGUCCAAGUCGUGGCAGCACCAGCAGCAAAGCAGGCCAGGGUUAGGAAGAGCACGAAGUGGCCUCCUACUUACGACUUUGCGCUGGCAAGGGCGGGUCUGCAGAACGAAGUGUGGAUAGUGAAUGGGAGCAGACGUUCGGUCGGCGAAAGGUGGGACACCUGCUGGGAGACUCUCAACCAGGAGCCCUUGGUCAGGAUGUUCAAGGAUAAGGCGUCCAAAAAUUGCAAGUCGCGCUACGACAAGAUCGUUGACGACCAGAGCAAGAGCGAUGGUAAGGCCCUGCGGGACUCCGGAGCCGGCACUGCUGAGAGUGGCUCGGAGGACGACGUAGAGAAGAAUACCAAGGUCCAGCUGGACAAAGUUCUUACCGCGAUAGUGGACGCGAAGGCUGCCGCGAGGCAGGACUCGGAGGAGACCAAGCAGAAGAAAGCCGACCAGGCGGCCUCGCACUCCGCGAUGGGGAUGUGGGCCAUCAACCAGGGCAACGCCCGAUGCGGGCCGGGCGCGAAGGCUACAUCAUUCGAAGAAGCUGUUGCCGCCAAUAACAUCGCAUUGGGUUCCCGCUCCGGUGCAGCGGCCGGUGGCCGUGCCAGCGGUCGGGUGAGUCCGGCCAGCAGCAUCGGGGGGGUGAGGCCCGCGUCGGAGGCUUCGGCGGGUGGCGCUGCCAGCGGUCGAUCGAGCCCGACCAUGAGUACGGGCGGGCUAGACGACGACUUAUCGCCCGCGGGGAGCGGGCCAUCGAGGAAGGUUCCACCGCUUGGCGAAUUGGUGAAGCACAUGGGGUCGCUGAGCAUUCCGACGCUUGCGCAAAGUGCCGGGGUCACCACGGAGGAGGCGGACUACUUCCUCAACACGGGCUUCACGGUCGAAGUUCAGCCGGAAAGGGCCGUGGCCAUGACGACGGUACUACUCGACAAAAGGCUUAGUCUCCAGCGCGACGGAGACAGCGUCCAGGACUACAUGGAUGGUCUUGGUGAAGAGGAUAUGCAGCUGCCCGGGUUUGAUAGGUUUGACGAGUCGGUCAUGGUUAAACUGCUCGAGCUCUACGGCGUGGAAAUGAUGGACUUCCGCAGCCUGCCGGAAUCGAAUUAGUUUCACAGCGGAUGGCCCAUAGAACGUGUUACGCCGGACAAGGUGCUUCAGGUUACGAAGCGGGUGGCGAGGUUGUUGGUGCUUGGCGCCGGCGUGACGA